AUGGUGCAGUCAUAUGCUUCUGCUAUGUUCAGAGUAUUGAAAGCGGACGAUUACAGCCCAGCGGCACAGCAGCAAAAUAUUCUCGCCUUGGGGAAAGGCUCCUCACUAUUUCCGACGGACAAUCAUAGCUCAAACGAUGGACGUGAAACUAGAGGAAGUGGUAGAGAGAGUGGCCAGGAUCGUGUCAAGCGACCCAUGAACGCUUUCAUUGUGUGGUCUCGUGAUCAAAGGAGAAAAGUGGCUCUAGAGAACCCUCAAAUGCAAAACUCAGAGAUCAGCAAGUGGCUGGGAUGCAAGUGGAAAAUGCUUACAGAAGCCGAAAAGCGCCCAUUCUUCGAGGAGGCACAGAGGCUACAGGCGGUGCACCGAGAUAAAUACCCGGGCUAUAAAUACCGACCUCGUCGCAAGGGAGAGAGGGCACAGAAUUUGCUUCCGGCAGAGGCGGCAGUACUAUGCAGCCAAGUGCGCGUAGAGGAGAGGAUGUAUCCCUUCACAUACACAGUCGCCAAGGCCAAGUGCUCAGGAACAGAAAGCCAGUUAAGUCACUCACAGCCCAUGAACAUAACCAGCUCACUUCUGCAACAGGAGGAUCGCUGCAACUGGACAGGCCUGUGCCACAGUAGGGUAACAUCCACCGGGCAGAUCCGCGCCGACUUGCCUUUUCACCGUGGUUUACAGCCGGGACUUUCUCACAUUUAUUUUCCAUAUUGA